AUGUCUCAUUACGCCCCCAACUACCGGCCGCCCUAUCGCCUCGACGAUAGGAACGGCCGCAUGUACGACGAUCGCGUCUCGCAGUCACCACCACGCUCGCACUCUUUGUUGGCGAACCCUCCCGCCAGAGGCCGAGACCACUCGCCGGGCAAUACCUGCUCUCCUCCGCAUGAAGACAUGAGUCGAAAUAUGCCCCCUCGCCGGUCCGCUGCAGACAGAAGGCCUACCGAUGAUGACGGAACCUCCUCUUCAAGAGGUCGCGACUACCGUGGAAGAGAGCGCGAUGACCACCGGCGCUCUCCCCCCUCAUGGCGCGAUCGGUCAGGCUACCGACACCACGACCGCGAAGGCUACCGCUCUCCAACAUACGACGAUCGUAGACGAAGCUACAGCCCGAGCCACAGCCGCAGUCGGUCCAGAAGUCGAAGUCGGCGUCAACGUCCUCCACACUAUGGCAUCGAAAGCCGCGAGGUUAUGAUGGAAGGCUUGCCUAUAGAUAUGAAUGAAGACGACAUUUCCAACGAACUGAAGCAUUCUUACCAUGUUGAAGAUCUUGAAGAUAUCCGAGUUAUAAGAGAUCGCCAAACAAGGAUCUCUCGUCAGCUUGGGUUCCUCCGUUUUCGCUCACUAGACUCCUCUCGGGACUUUUUGGAGCGGAAUUUUCCAACCAUAUACCUACAAGGUGCCAACUCGCAAUCUACUGACCGUGGAGUCAAGGUGAGAAUUGCAUAUAGCCGAGAGAGGGAAGACCGUAACCGUAUCAGGGCUGAAGGUGAAUGGACAUGUAAAGUUUGUACACUAGCAAACUAUGCGACUCGUCAGCGGUGCUUUCGAUGUCACGCUGUUCGUACCGACGUUCAGGCAGCUGGUAGUGAGUCGACUCAGCGAGUCGCCAACACCGGUGAUAACGAUGUUUCACCUGAUGGCACACCUUCACAGUUCUUACUCUUCCGUGGCCUUGAAUCAACUGUCACUGAGGAAAUAUUGGCUAAAGGUGUUGCUAAGCUUUAUAAGCCUUCGCCUAGCUCUCAAUCUCAAGGAGCUAUCGCUGCCGCCAAAAAAGGCGCCAAGGUUGCAUCAACAACGGGUGACUCUAAUUUAGGUGCUCGAGAGGGCUCCAUUCGUCGUAUUUUACUCGUGAGAGAUAGACGAAGUAAUGAAAGUUGGAAAUAUGGGUUUGCUGAAUUUGCAACUGUCGAGGAUGCCCAAGCUGCCCUCAUCCGGCAUAAUUCAUUCGAAGUUUUUACCAUUUCAUCAAAACCUGUACUCGCGAGUUAUAUUCACGCUGGUGUUUUCGUACCGGUCCUCAACCCUACAGCAAGCACCGAGCGCUUUACGUUCAGCCCACUUGGGAAUAAUAUAAUGAAAUUGGCCUACUGGGAUGAAGGUGCCUAUGUGACUGAGCUGAAAGUUUCAUCGGAGGACUUGGCAACGAAAUCUAAACCAAAACAGAGCGCGCCCACCAGCAAAUCGGCUAAAACGUCAAAGGAUAACGACAAAAACAAGAAACGAAAAGCUGAACCAGGGGUUCCUCCUGGAAACAAAAAAUUAGCAGUGCCUUCGCAUUUACAGUUCUGGAGUAACAGGCACGCAGAACUGCAUGGAAUUCGGCGUAACGAACAGGACGGCGAAGAACAAGGCGACAGCCCUAAUUCUGCUGACCCAGGUGAUGGCAAUGGUAGCAACACUACCACCUCUGUUGCUCGCCAGCCAACGCAAUCGUAUGCUGACCUGAACCGGAAAUGCUGCUACCUCUGCAUGCGGCAGUUUAAAACCAUCGCAGAAGUGAAUCGGCAUGAAAAGCUGAGCCAGCUUCACCGUGAAAACUUGCAAAAUGAAGAUUUCAAAGCCAGGGCAGUUGCAAAAAUGGCCAAGAAACGAGAUGAACAGCCAGAACAAUCUCUUCAGCCAACAGGUGAGUAUCGGGACCGGGCCAAGGAGCGACGCCAAGUAUUUGGGUCGUCCAACAAGUCGAAGGAGAAGAAAGAGACAGAAGCGGAACCGCCCACGGCGCCGGCAGUAUCAAAGGGUGCCUCACUGUUGGGCAAGAUGGGCUGGUCUGCUGGAACUGGCCUCGGAGUCCAAGGCACCGGAAUUACAGCGCCCGUCAGCACUGACCUCUACGCGCAGGGCGUCGGCCUUGGUGCGCAGGGAUCGAAAAUCGGAGACGCAGUACAAGAAGCGGGCCGAAACACCCGGGGGCGGUAUGAUGAAUUUCUAGAAAAGACCAAGGACCUUGCGAGGGAAAGGUACGAAAGGAUGAAGGAAAGGGAAGGGUGA